CUUCUGACUCAGUUUCAUUCGAACUCUGAGAGCUCCGUGCUUAACUUUUUCCUCAACUCCACCAUGGAACUUUCUCAAUCUCUGAGAUUCCAGCAACUGGAGCUUCCAUUUUGCCCCCAACAACUCCAGCAACCCCAGAAGCCAACAUUUUCAGUCAGAAGAACAAGUCAGGUAAUAGUUGCAGCGGCCAAAACCAAGAGAAGGCCACCCAUUGAAGGUGUUAGUGAGGAGCUCAAUUUGAUCGCCGAUCAGAGCCUUGACUUUGCUCCGGCUAGGAGAAGAGUUCGAUCCGCAUUCGUUGAGCUGCAGCAACAGCUUGAUCACUGCUUGUUUAAGUUGGCUCCAACUGGGAUCAGAACAGAAGAGUGGUAUGAAAUAAAUUCAAGGGGAAUUGGAAUUUUCUGUAAAAGCUGGAAGCCAAGAGAAGGUGUUCCGAUUAAAGGGGUGUUGUGUUUCUGCCAUGGGUAUGGUGACACUUGCGUUUUCUUCUUUGAAGGUAUUGCCAAGCAAAUUGCUGCGGCUGGGUACGCUGUGUACGCCAUGGACUACCCAGGAUUUGGCCUUUCGGAAGGAUUGCACGGUUUUAUCCCGAGCUUUGAUCAGUUAGCCGAUGAUGUUAUUGAACAGUAUACAAAGAUUAAAGCAAAACCAGAGUUGAAAGGGUUGCCUCACUUCAUAUUGGGGCAGUCCAUGGGUGGAGCUGUUACUCUAAAAGUUCACUUCAAGCAACCAUAUGCCUGGGAUGGCAUAGUUCUUGUGGCUCCAAUGUGUAAAAUUGCAGAGGAUGUAACACCUCCACCUGCGGCACAGAAGAUAUUAACUCUUAUGUCCAGAGUUGUCCCUAAAGCAAAGCUUGUCCCACAGAAAGACUUGGCCGAGUUGGCCUUCAGAGAUGAAAGGAAGAGGAAACUGGCUGUCUACAAUGUGACAUGCUACAAUGGCCCCGUGCGAUUGAAGACUGCUGUGGAACUUCUAAACGCUACUAAGGAGAUAGAGAUGCAAGUGGAUAAGGUUUCAUCUCCACUGCUAAUUCUUCAUGGAGCUGCAGAUAAGGUGACUGAUCCCUUAGUGAGCCAGUUUCUUUAUGAGAAGGCAUCAAGCAAAGACAAAAGUCUAAAACUCUACCCUGAUGGCUUUCAUUGCAUUCUUGAAGGUGAACCUGAUGAUAGAAUUUUUUCAGUCCUUGAAGAUAUUAUCACUUGGCUUGAUCACCGGUGUUUGCUCAAGUAGACCUAGUUUUCUUUUAAGUUGGAUUAUAUGGAAAUAAUCUGAUAUUAAAUUUCAUCCAAUGUACCUUGUAAUAUUGCAUUAAUUCUUGUCUUGUAUGCAACUGGAAAUAUCUCCAUCAUUUUUAUCCCGGCUAGCGAUGAUCAUGGAUUAAUAGAAAUGUACUUUCUCAUC